ACUCACAAACCAAGCGCGCGCGCCAAGCCAAAGCGACGAGGCCAGUUCCAAUGAGCGGCAUCGACUGAUCGAGUGACCUUGCUUGCAUAGUUGCAUUGCGAGCGUGCGCGCUAGCAUAACAAGGUGCUAUCCUAUAGCCGGCACCAAGCACCAUGUCGCUGGCAGGUGGAGGUGAUGGCUGUAGUCGGCGGGGUGAAUGCGGCGGCAGGCUCGAGUUGCCGCGGCAGCAGCCGCCCAUGGUGGUGGAUGUCGGCUGCAACUGCCGCGCGCCGAGGCUGCUCAGCUCCCUCAUCUCCUCGCUCAAGUCCCACGCUCGCGGCGUCGGCAGGCCCAACCCCAACUCGUCUAGGCACGCCUCAUCGUCGUCCUGGUCGUCCUCGGCCACCACGGCCUUCACGUCAUCCACCUCCCUCACCACCGCCACUACUACCUUCUCGUCGCUGGACCACCACCCGUCGUCGUGGGUCCCAUCGACGUGCGCCGCAGACACCAACGCGGCCGUCUACGUGGUCGACGACGACGCCGAACCCGCAAGGCCGGCUCAGAGGCGGCGCCGGCGUCGGCAGCGGAGGAGGGGCAGGUGCGGGAGGGCAGCGACGUGGGAGGAGGCGGCGGUGGCGGUGGAGGUGGAGUCCGCGGCGCCGUACGAGGACUUCCGCGACUCCAUAGUGGCGAUGGUGACGGAGAGGGAAAUGUACGCGUGGGAGGACCUGAACGCACUGCUGCACCAGUUUCUGGCACUCAACUCGCCGCGCCACCACCCGCUCAUCCUCUCCGCUUUCGCCGACCUUUGGGCUCCCCGCGGCGGCCCCUUCGGCCCUCCGUCGCCGUGCCUCUGAACUUGUCGCCAAUGUUGGUCGACGUCGCCCUUGUAGGAAGCCUGUACGUAGGCCUGCAAGUGUGCAAACCUGGACCGCGCGCGGGCGAUAUUUGAUAUUGCAUUGUAACGAGUACGUACGGGUUAUAAUAAGCUUAAUAAUCUACUAGUGCAUGCAA